AUGGCUUCUCGCAACUUCACAAAGGCCCUCCGUGGCCCUGCCCGCCAACUGGCUUCUGCUCCCCGUGUUCAGCAGCGAACUUUCGUUGCUGCUGCUCGCUCUGCUGUUCGCGUUGGUGCUGUUGCCCGACCUGUUGCCGCUGGCCCCGUCCAGCAGCAGGUUCGUGGUGUCAAGACCAUUGACUUUGCUGGCCACAAGGAGGACGUCUAUGAGCGUGCCGACUGGCCCCAAGAGAAGCUCCUUGAGUACUUCAAGAACGACACUCUGGCCCUCAUUGGCUACGGCUCUCAGGGCCACGGCCAGGGUCUUAACCUCCGUGACAACGGCCUUAACGUCAUCGUUGGUGUCCGAAAGAACGGAAAGUCCUGGAAGGAUGCUGAGCAGGAUGGCUGGGUUGCCGGCAAGAACCUGUUCGACGUUGACGAGGCCAUCUCUCGUGGUACCAUUGUCAUGAACCUUCUCUCCGAUGCUGCCCAGUCUGAGACUUGGCCCGCCAUCAAGCCCCAGCUCGUUGAGGGCAAGACCCUUUACUUCUCCCACGGUUUCUCCCCCGUCUUCAAGGACCUCACCAAGGUUGAGGUUCCCUCCAACAUCGAUGUCAUCCUAUGUGCUCCUAAGGGCUCUGGCCGAACCGUCCGAUCUCUCUUCCGUGAGGGCCGUGGUAUCAACUCCUCUUUCGCCGUCUACCAGGAUGUCACUGGCAAGGCCGAGGAGAAGGCUGUCGCCCUUGGUGUCGCCAUCGGCUCUGGCUACCUCUACAAGACCACCUUCGAGAAGGAGGUCUACUCCGAUCUCUACGGUGAGCGUGGCUGCCUCAUGGGUGGUAUCCACGGUAUGUUCCUCGCUCAGUACGAGGUCCUCCGUGAGCGCGGCCACAGCCCCAGCGAGGCCUUCAACGAGACUGUUGAGGAGGCUACCCAGUCUCUCUACCCUCUCAUCGGCGCCAACGGCAUGGACUGGAUGUACGAGGCUUGCUCCACCACUGCCCGUCGUGGUGCCAUCGACUGGAGCCCCCGCUUCAAGGACGCUCUGAAGCCCGUCUUCAACUCCCUCUACGACGCCGUCAAGGAUGGUUCUGAGACCAAGCGAUCUCUCGAGUACAACAGCCAGCCUGACUACCGUGAGAAGUACGAGGCUGAGAUGAAGGAGAUCCGUGAACUCGAGAUCUGGCGCGCCGGCAAGGCCGUCCGUUCUCUCCGACCCGAGAACCAGAAGUAA